UCUCGCGUUCUGGCAGGAGCUACCCGUGGGAGCCGCUGCCCAUUCUCAAGAUGGCGGCGCCGGGUGGUUCUGUGUCUUGACCCAGGCGCGGAGGUGUAAGGCUCAUGGCAGCGGCCGAGGAGUCGACCAGGGAGGACAGAGAGGAAGAAGAGGUGGAGGAGGAGGCAGAGCAGUUCGUUCUGGUCGAAUUAUCGGGAAUCAUCGAUUCAGACUUUCUCUCAAAAUGUGAAAAUAAAUGCAAGAUUUUGGGGAUUGACACUGAAAGGCCCAUUCUGCAAUUGGAUAGCUAUGUCUUUGCUGGAGAGUAUGAAGAUACUCUUGGAACCUGUGUUAUAUUUGAAGAAAAUGCUGAACAUGUGGAUGCAGAAGGCAAUAAUAAAACAGUGCUAAAAUACAAAUGCCAUACAAUGAAGAAACUCAGCAUGACAAGAACUCUUCUGACAGAAAAGAAGGAAGGGGAAGAAAACAUAGGUGGAGUAGAAUGGCUACAAAUGAAGGAUAAUGAUUUCUCCUAUAGACCCAACAUGAUUUGUAGCUUUCUACAUGAAAAUGAAGAUGAAGUUGUAGCUUCAGCCUCAGAAAAACCUUUGGAAUUGGAAGAGCAAGAGAUUCAAAUGAAAGACAGUUCAAACCUGAUCUAUGAACAGGAGAAAUCACUGCAUUUGGAUACAGAGGAAUCGGGUCCUCUUGUUGACAUCCCUUCUUCUGAGACAGAGGGUUCUGUUUUUAUGGAAACUCAAGGUGCUGCCUUAGAAAUCACUCCUAGAUGAAACAAUUUUCAUAUUGUUUUUGUUGACCAUACAUUUCCAGUUAUAGCACAACUUAAUAUACCAGAAUCAUUCAGAACCAGACUGAAUUAAAUUUUUAUUAAAAUAUUGUUUAAAUGAC